UAAAUAGAAAUAAAAACAGAUCAAAGCAUGCGAACAAUGCUUUGUUUCUUGCUUGCAUUGCAUGCAAGAAUGCCGAUAUCAUCAAAAUUCCAUUCCCAGUUCACGGGGCAACUAUCCACGUUUUCCCAUGGAAAGCUUCAGGAUUACGAAAUCUGUCAACUGAAAUAUACUAUAACAUGUUCCCAACUAAAACUAAGAGCUAAUACUUCUUUUUGGUAAGGGCAACAAGAUCAAAUAGAAAUGGAACCGAGAUUGUUUGAAGCAUCUCGUUCUGGGGAUAUAUCUGCAUUUCUCUUGUUACUCCGGGAAGAUCCGUUUCUGCUUGAUCGAGUUGGCUUAAACUCUGUCGACAACCCUCUACACAUAUCAUCAUUGGCAGGAAAAACAGAAAUCACGAAGGAAAUUGUGAGCAGAAAGCCAGCAUUCGCUAGGGAGCUAAAUGAGAAUGGUUUUAGCCCCAUGCAUGUUGCUUCAGCUAAUGGGCACAUUGAAAUAAUAAGAGAGCUCAUGAGAGUUGGAUAUGAUAUAUGUCUUUUGAAGGGAAAAGAUGGUAAGGUUCCACUUCAUUGCGCGGCUUUGAAAGGCAGAGUUAAUGUUGUUAAGGAACUGGUCUGGGCUUGCCCCGAGUCUGUUAAAGAACUGAUUACUCUCGGGGAAACUGCCCUUCAUUUGGCAGUGAAGAGUAACCAGAUUGAGGCUGCAAGGGUUUUGAUGGAGGAGAUGCGGAGGUUAGAUAUGAUGGAAAUUUUGAAUUGGAAAGACAAGGAUGGGAACACCAUAUUACAUCAGGCAACCUUCAACAGACAACAUGAGAUUAUAGGUCUGUUAAUUGGUCAAGAAGCAGUUGUUUCUGGGAUUAACGUAAACGCCAUUAACUCAAGCGGAAUUACACCAAAGGAUGUCCUAGAUGUUUUGCUCCAAAGUGGAGGUGAUUGUUAUGAUAUUCAGAUUUAUCAGAUGUUUCAGCAAGCUGGAGCUGUGAAAGCCCGAGAACUCACAACAGAACGGGCUAAUGUCCAAACCGGAGCAGAAAGCUUUAUCAACACGCAAACAUCGCAAUCUUCUUGUUCAUGGAACCUAUGGAAGGAACUGAUGAAAGAGGUUACGGAAUCAUCAACUGAAACUCAAAAUGCACUAAUGGUUGUGGCAGUCCUGAUAGCAACCGUCACAUACCAAGCGAUUCUGAGCCCUCCAAGUGGUUUUUGGUCAGCAGAGAAAGGAAAAUCUCAGACCAUCACCGUUCAAAAGAGAGCCACGAUGCCUGGAGAGGCUGUCAUGGCUAGCGACCCUGAAAUCUUUGCUGUGUUCACUGUUUUCAAUGCAGUUGGUUUCUUCGCAUCACUCGGCAUGAUCUCUCUCCUUACCAGUGGAUUCCCUCUGAAGGCAGGCUUGCGGCUGGCCAUACUUUCAAUGACUGGUACUUACGUGAUAGCUGUAAUCUAUAUGGGUCCAACCAAAAUGAGAGAAAUAUACAUAGUGGUCAUUUUGAUGGGAAUUCUAUUUCUUGCGGAGUUGGCAAGGUUUACCACGUGGUUGCUGAAGAAAUGGGGAGUUGUUCCAGAUACAAGGAGAAGGUAAAAGAGUUAGAAUGUGCUUCUCUUGUAUCAUGAAUCAAUUGAGUAGUUUAGAAUUUCAUUCCUCUGGUUAUUUUAUCUUGGC